AGGUAGCAAAAUAUGUGCAGGCGUGAAAAAUAUGUUUAUUUUAGUCCAGGUAUAAUUGUGAAAUAAGUGUACAAAAAUUGAUCGGUUUUUUCAUUUAAGCUAGAUCAUUUUUUUUGAAAAGCAUAGAUUGAGUAAUGGAUUUAAAAAUCAGGUGGAGUCAAAUUAACGACUUUUUAAAACACUGAAUUGUAUGUUCAUUAUUUUAAAUGCAUACAUAUGAAAGUGCAGUAUAUAUACAUGGGUGUAUUUAGAAAUAUGGUGAAUGAAUGUGCCGGCCUAAAUCCUCAUGCUAUUUCUUGAAGAGUACUUUUUAUAUUACUGUGCCGAUGACCCUUUAUCCGCACUCACUCUUCUCGAGAUCUUGUUGAAACCCACCAACACUGGUUCUGUAGUUUUUCAGCCUCCACCAACAUCCACCAUUUCCACCAUUACACAAUUUUGCUUUGUAAAACAUGUUCAUAAUAAAAAAAAAAUACAAGAUAUCUAAUCGAAAAAGAUUUCUUUAUUUUGAAUGUGAAAUCAAAGAUGAGGUAUGAUGUAGAUCGUCGCUUUAUGGAAGUUGUGUUUUACGUUCUGAAAUACCGACAUUGCAGGGGCGGCGAUUUAAGGGACCAUAGAAUGAGGGUUUUGUACAAUGUCGGUAUUUCAGAUCGCCAGACACAAAUUCCUAUAAGGUGAUUGUUCUGUCUGCUACCUGGUCUGUGAUGAUACGAUUAGUGCACAUCCAGAGCAAUCCAGAGUUUGCGAUGGAUUCGUAGAGAGUGUUGAUGAAACAGGGUGAAAGAUGAAAAACGCGAAAGCUAAAGCAAGACAAUGUAUGGAACGUUUUGGAGAUCAAGGAGGAUAUUUUGAUGUUGUUGUACGUCCGAUGUUACAACAAGGACACGAGGGAGAAUUAUGCGGAUGGUUAAAAGAAAUGAGUUUAAUUAGGACUGUUUCUACUUGCCCCCAUCCUGAAUGCAAAGGAAGGAGUCUGGCUUGGAACCAAGCAAGAAUUGUAGAUAAAUAUAGUUGGUCUUGCCCUAGUUGUACAAGGAAACAAUCUAUUAGGGAGAAUUCUUUUUUCUUUGGAGUUAAAUGUGACCUGAAAAUGUGCCUUCAAUUGAUAUUAGGAUGGUGUCAAAUGAUACCUAGCGAACUCACUGCCAGUUAUCUAGAAAUAAAGAAACACGUAGUUAAAAAAGUAUACGAAAGAUGCGACGAAGUUUCUGAAAAUUAUGUAGCAAGUCAUCCAGAAGAUUGGGUUUUAGGAGGUCAAAGUGCAAUAUUAAUUGUAGAUGAAUUUCCUAAUGGUUACAUGACUGAGAAUCCAUCUGAUAUAACUACCGCUAAAAAACGCAAUAAUAAUUCUCAUACAAUAGUAUGCAUAGCCGAAGCGAAUACUAUACCAACUCGCAUGUGGCUGCAUAUGAUUGAAGCACUUCCAGAGCCAGUAAAAGUUGAGAAGAUGCAAGGAGAUGGUGGCAAAUGUGACAUGGUUAAAGAAGCUUUGAAAGAAAUUACGAAACAUACUGCUCCUGGUAGUUAUAUUGUGGCAAAUAGCCGAGCUCGAUGUUGUAGUUAUGAAUCGUUACAAGAAUUAAAGCAAUACAAAGUGAUUAGCGUAGAACAAUUACAAAAGUUCGACCCGCCUGGUAAAAACAAACUCCUCAACAAUCUAGAAACGAUUUGGCAAACCGGGGUUGAAGUUUGUGAAGAAAUUCAAGAAACUACCCAUACCUUAGGACAACGUAUAAUAUCAAAGCAUUUAUGGAGACAGAGAUUCGGUACGUCUCCUUCCAUGGCAUUUCAAUAUAUGCUUAAUCAUAUUGCAGAAUGUUAUCGCUUUGUUUAAACGAUUUUAUCGUAAUAUUUUCGCUAAUGGUAUAUUUUUCUACUUUGACAAGCAAUAUGAAGUGCUAGUGAAUAACUUUUUUCUGAAAACUUUUUAAGGUAAUAUCUUAAAAUGAAUUACUAUUCUAUAAGGUAGGAUAUUAUUUACCAACGGUAUCGAUAAUAUCCUAACUGCACAAGUUGCACAAAUGGCCUUAUUAAAGUUUAAAAAAAUGAAUUACUUAUAAGCAAAGUAUAAAUACUAUAGAAAAUAUUUUCAUAUAAACGAAAUGACGUUUUAUUGAAACACGCAUUUUGUGUCUUCCAAAUAUCAGAAUGUAAUUAUUUCUGAAGUUAAAUGUUUAUAAUAAUCGUUGAUUAGUUAGAGCUAUAACAUUAUACAAGAUAAACUCAAUUCUGUUAAAGCACUUUGAAAGAUAUGGGUUCACUUUUCAUUUUUAUAUGAAUUUAAAUUGAUAAACUAAUUAAUGAAAGACUGACGGUGAUAUUGAUAUAAUAUCAAGUUGCUAAUACAUCUAAAAAAAAAAUCGAUAACGUUUAUCAUAACGUUAAUACUCAGAAUUUUUUCAUAAAAUGUUACCCAUUCAAAUUGUCUUGUAGAAAAUGAACUAAUUUAAAGAGAAGUACAUAAUACCAGGUGCAAUUAGUACCAAUAUCGUUUUGUAACAGUUGUAAUAUUUAGCACUGAACUUAAAUUUUAUCCAAAGUUUUAUGACAGUAUUACUCUGAAUAAUAUACUGCAAAUUAUGUUUUAAUGAAAGUGCACGUUUAUAACUUGUUCAGAUUGUAGUUGGUUUUCUUCCGAACUUAAGCUGAAAUCCACCGAAUCGGUGAUAUUGAGUCUAGCAGUUUAUGUCAGCUUGUGAUAAAACCGACUUUGUGAUAUACAAACGUUAAUUUUGUUCGUUUCUCGAAUCAUGUCAACAGAAAGAAUAGACUAUCAAGGUUGUAAAAUUUUUGAGAAGUUUUUGCGAACAAUGUGAUAAUUACGUUACUUCAUACGGUAAAAAUGGUAUAUUAGAAGUUGAAAAGAUAAGGAAAUAAUCUCUACGUUAUAAUUACGUAUAUUGAAAUUAUAACCGCGUAUACUACGUAUUUUUUAUUUAGAUAGUUGAUAAUAUCGUUUUUAUUGCAUUACAUAACGAUAUUGAGAAAUACAAAUUCUUCAUUGAGAAUAUUUUGAUUAUGAAAUUUUUCAUAUUUUUGUAAUUAUUAAUCAUAUAGCAAUAUUGUUAUUAUUACUGUUAAAUAAUUACAAUAUAAGUGAAAUACAUUUCAUAUCAAAUUGUAAUGAAAGAAUUAUAACUCAUGUAUUCAUUGAAAAUUGACAUUUAAGUACCAAAUAAAUUGGUAAAACUUAAAUCUCCUGUUUGUAUCGGGAUAAGAACUGUUUACAAAUAUUUUCGUAUGUAUCUUUAUUUACAACAGAUAAAGAUCAAGAAUAAAGUAUAUAACAAAAUA